UAGUCUCUUGAUUGGUUCAGCUUUUCUGGCGCCAAGGUUUUGAGAUAUACAUUUGAACACAAAAAUUCAGCUAGUCAUUUUACUGCAGAGCGUUGUAGGUGCUGUUUGAAUUGAGAAAAAGCUACUGACAGUAGGCUUUAUAAAUUGGCGCUUUUUUUUGCUUUUAAUUUCUCAGUUUGUGUCAGUUAUUUUUAUAUACAUUUAUAAUAAGCAGUUCUGUUUAGUUUUUUGUUAAUUACAUAAAUCUAAAAUGCUUUCUGCUCGCUCUCCACUGUCAUCCAAGAACGAAAACGCAAUAAUUUCAAAUAUGACAAACAUUUGUUUGACUGAUAAGGAGAAUACACCUCCAAGCAUGAGCACGACCAGAAUUUUAGCAUCGAAAACGGCAAGGAGAAUCUUUGAAUUAACUGAAGUGACAAAGAAUGACAAAAUCCAAGAAGAGCCUCUCUUGAAAGAUAACCCACGCAGAUUUGUCGUCUUUCCCAUCCAGUACCAUGACAUCUGGCAGAUGUACAAGAAAGCAAAGGCCUCUUUCUGGACAGCAGAAGAGGUUGACCUCUCCAAAGACAUCGCGCACUGGGAAUCGCUGAGAAAAGAAGAAAGAUACUUCAUCUCUCACGUACUCGCGUUCUUUGCUGCGAGUGAUGGCAUAGUUAAUGAGAAUUUGGUGGAGCGCUUUAGCCAGGAAGUUCAAGUGACCGAAGCCCGUUGUUUCUAUGGUUUCCAAAUUGCCAUGGAGAACAUCCACUCUGAAAUGUACAGCCUGCUUAUUGAUACCUACAUCAAAGAUCCCACAGAGAGGGAGUACCUGUUUAAUGCCAUUGAAACCUUGCCAUGUGUCAAAAGGAAGGCUGACUGGGCUAUGAACUGGAUUGGAAACAAGGAAGCGCAAUAUGGUGAACGUGUUGUGGCCUUUGCUGCAGUUGAAGGAAUCUUUUUCUCUGGAUCAUUUGCUUCUAUAUUCUGGUUGAAGAAACGAGGGUUGAUGCCAGGGCUUACUUUUUCCAAUGAACUCAUUAGCAGAGAUGAGGGGUUGCACUGCGACUUUGCAUGCCUUAUGUUCAAGCACCUAGUGCAUAAACCCUCGGAAGAAAAAGUAAAUGAAAUCAUCAAUGAUGCUGUCCGGAUAGAACAGGAGUUUCUAACCGAUUCGUUGCCAGUGAACUUGAUUGGAAUGAACUGCACUUUAAUGAAACAGUACAUUGAGUUUGUGGCUGAUAGACUGAUGCUGGAGCUGGGUUUCAGCAAGAUAUUCAGAGUUGAGAAUCCUUUUGAUUUUAUGGAGAACAUCUCAUUGGAAGGAAAGACCAACUUCUUUGAGAAGCGGGUAGGAGAGUAUCAGAGAAUGGGAGUGAUGUCCAAGCCAACAGAGAAAACAUUCACGUUGGAUGCAGACUUCUAAACAGGCUUCAUAGUUUUGUAUUAAACUGGUUAUUUCAUGUGAUACUUGAAGGAGCGUUGGUAGUACAUGCCAUACUCUUCUGGAAUAACAUCUCCUGCAGUACUAGCUUUUUAUAUUAAAGUCUUUUAAAAUGUGUUAAAGAACAUGGAUACUUGAAUGGGCAUAACACUUGCACAGACAAAACUAUUUGUCACUAGAGAUUUUCAUGUACAUUUAAGUAUUUUAAUGUGUACAGUUUUUUUUGUAUGUAUUUUAUGCACUUUAAAGAUUGUAAUAAAUACCCUUUACUUGCA